AGCCCCGCAGAGGACUAUAUAUAUAUAUAAACGGUUGGAGGAAUAUAUGAUCUAGGAAUGUAGCUGCAGCAGAAAAACCUCAGAAGCCAUUUGAGAUGAAGUCCACUGGUUGAGAAAAGAAAAGCCCUCAUGAAGAUGCUGAAAUCAACGAACAUGGUUACAUUUCUGUCUCCCGUCUCCUCUAUUUCACCAUGGCAGCUGUCAACCGACGGGGACAUUAGCAAAGCGGGGUAUCAAGCAGAGUUAAAACGUCAUUGAUUAUGAUGAUGAAAGAGGAGGAAGAGAGAGAGUGUGUUGUUUACUAUGUAACACCGUGAGUCUUUUUCUCCAGCGUCUCUCACAACCCAACGACUGAGUUAACUUCACAGAGAAAGGAGGCAGCUCCAGCUUUUCCAAAUGGCUUCUGUGAGCCUUGUUUCCAGUCCCCCAGCCCCUGUUGUUCUUGACAAAAACACCACAGACUCUGAGCUUGCAGGGGAUGAAAGAGAGGAUGGUGAACUGGAAGAUGGAGAAAUAGACGACGAAGGGAUUGGAAUUGAAGAGGAAAACAAAGAGGCUCCAGAGGUGAAUGAAGACAAAGAGAAGGAAAAGGAAAAAGAAAAAGUUAAAGAGAAGGAAGAGAAGACUCACAGGCACUCCAGGAAAAGAUACAAGAAGACCAGAGAGAAGAGGAGGUCCAAAAGGAGGAGGCGUGACAGACAGAAGCACCACUCCCCUUCCAGCAGCUCCAGCUCGGACAGUUAUGACUCUGACUACGACCGACCAGAAAGGCCUAAAAACCGGAAGAGCCAGGGAUCUGAUGGCCCGUCCUCUCAGCAUGGACGGGAUUCAAAGGGAGGCCACGGCAACUCACAGAAGUCCCCGCCGCACAAGAGCAGCGAUUUUGACAAAUACAGCGACUACAGUGAUGACAAAUACGACUACGAUGAAGAGGAGGAGGAUUACGAAGAUGACAUGUCCGAGUAUCCAAAAGAAUCGAUAUCCCAGAGUCGGGGAAAGGGACGCCACGUGAAGAGAGGAAGCAUGAGAGGGAUGAAACAGCAGCAGUUUGGGCAAAGAGGAAGAGGCAGAGGGAGCGGACCAGGAAGAGGACGGGGGAUGCUCUACAAGAACAAGAAGCUGAAGGGCAAACCCUGGGGAGGACGUGGGCGAGGUCGAGGAGGAGACCAGGGCAUGGACGACAUGGUACCGGAAGGAAAAAACUCUUCCGGUUUUCAGAAGAAACGGCCGAUAAUGAGCAAAGAGUUCAUCAAUCAGCACACAGUUGAACACAACGGCAGAUACAUCUGCAAGUAUUUCCUGGAGGGUCGAUGCAUCAAGGGAGAACAGUGCAAGUUUGAACAUGAGCUCGUCGUACCCGAUAAGAAAAAGGAACUUUGUAAAUUUUACCUCCAAGGAUACUGCAGUAAAGGAGAUAAUUGCAUUUACAUGCACAAUGAAUACCCGUGCAAGUUCUUUCAUACCGGAGCCAAAUGUUAUCAAGGGGACAACUGCAAAUUCUCCCACGAGGCUUUGUGCGACGUGACUAAAGAGUUGCUUGAUAAGAUAAUUAACACUGAGGAGGAGAACGCCCGCGAGGACGAGAUGGAGCUUGAGGAUCUGAGAAAGCAGGGUAUCGCCCCGCUUCCGAAGCCUCCUCCUGGGGUGGGGUUGCUUCCCACUCCUGGUCAGAGCAGUCCUACAGAUGGGGCGUCUGGCCAAGCAGGGAAGAAGAUCCCCUCCCUGUUUGAAAUCAAGGUUCAACCGACUGUAGACUUGGCACAAAAAAUUGCUCUGAGCGGAUCCAACUUCUCCCAGAAUCAAGGUGAAGACACCGAUGAGUUCGGUGGAGGCUCGGAGGACACGCAGAGUGGAGGUAUGGUGCCUUCAGGGCCCUCUGGUCCUCCUAUUCCUCCCCCUGGAUCACCACCUCCCAUGGGUCACCCCGCCGGACCGCCCAUGCCACAGAGCCCCCCAGGACAGCACCCACCACACGGGUUUCCAAUGCCGCCACCAAUCCCCCCCCCUGGUCAUCCCCCACCCUUCCUCGGAAACCGACCCAAUAUCAACCCUCAGAUGAACAUGCAGAUGCCUCCGUUCCCUCCUGUACCAGAUCUACAGAUGCUGCAGAAUCUCUUCCCUUUUCCAUCGUUGGGUCAGAACCCGGUAGAGUUCUUCAGCAGCUUCCUCCGAAACCAGGCCAUGGCUCCACAAGGAGUAGACCCUGGUGUGGCCUUCAUGCAGAAUCUCCAGCAGCAGGUGGGUGCAGAGUCACAGCUGCAGUCUUUACCACCAGAAGUACAGAAGGCCAUCUUUUUACACCUGACACAGCAGCAACAAGAGUCACAUCCAAAGGGAAAUGAGCCACAGAGAGCAGAGGGACAGGAUGAUAACAAUGCAAACAGAGAUGAAACUACAAACUGGUACUCAAGCGAUGAGGAGGAUGGAAGCUGUGUUACCUCCAUCCUUAAAUCUCUCAAGAAGCACAGCGAGAUGCAGCAGUCCCAGUCCAAGCCCCCCCAGGCCGCCCUAUUGGCUCCAGCGCUGGGUGACCCUCGGCUCGGGAAGGAGAGGGCCACGCCCAGCGACCCCCGCGUGAAGAUGGACCCGCGACAGCGACCCACGGAUGUGAAAAAGGAGCCCGACGGAGCUGCAGACCCACGGUUCUCCAGAGACCCCAGGAAGAUGAGACCGAUGGAGCCGAGUUCCUACCGCCAGCAGAGCCACUCCGUUCCUAAGAAGCUUCCUACAGGAGAUGAGGAUGAUGAAGGAGAGCGGGAGCUCAGGGACAAAGCAGUUCUCAUCCCUCUAGAGGCCGGACCUGAUAUGGUGCUGCGCGACCCUCGUUGCCAGUUAAAGCAGUUUAGCCACAUCCGGGUGGACAUCCUGCUCCAGCAGCCAGCCUUCGCUCAGACAGUGGUGUGGGGCCCAGAGGACCUCAUCCCUUCCCUGGUGCCCAAACAGGAACUCUCCAUCAACCUGCCUCUCCCUCCCCUAAUAGCAGACGCUCAGAUGAACCGAACAAGCCUGCCUGACCACCCCCCCGUCUCCAGCCCUCCGUCGAUCGACCCCAGACUGGUAGCUGCACGUUUGAAGGAACGUAUGAGUCGAUUACCCUCCGGAUCUUUAGAGUCUCGAUCCGCCGCUGAAAGACCCGUAGAUCCGCGUCAGCAUAAGACUCUGGACCCCAGACUCAAGCGUACAGUAAGCCUGGACUCCAAGCUGUUGGGUCAGAAAGUGCCCUCCUCUGGGGGAGGAGUUGUGGACCCCAGGCUGCAGAAGGCCACUGCUAGCUCCUCUCCUCACGUUGUCCAAACGAAACCAGAGCCUGAGAGGCUGCCACCUUAUGCCCCUCGUCUGGCAUCCUCUGGUGGAGGGCUAGAGAGCCCCACCACAAUCCUCGGGGGCAUCAGUCUGUACGAUCCUCGCGCUCAAACCGAGCAGGCUCAGAAGGAGCAAGCAGAGCCUCCAAAAAAGAUUCUGAAACUCCUCGCUAAGAAAGACAAUACGCCACCGCUCUCACCAACCCAACGAAGUGGCUCUUCUUCCGAAGAGGCCAAAAGCACAGACGCUGCCUCAGAUCAGCCUCCGCCUUCCAGUUCUCCCACCGUGCCUCCCGCCUCACCCGUCAAACCCCCCGCAGUUCAUAACCUCCCCAUCCAGGCACUGGCCGGGCUGAUCCGACCCCAGUACACUGACCCCAGGCAGGCCAAACCGGGAGGACAGGCCUCUGCAGGAGCACAAGAAGAGGCAGAAGACAAGAAGCAAGAGGAGAAGAAGCAAGAGGAGAAGAAGCAAGAGGACAAGAAGGAGCAGGAGAAGGAGCAAGAAGAACCAAAAAAGGACGAUCCAGACGACGAGGCAGACGACAGGACGCUUAAAGACGUGUUCAAGACUUUUGAUCCCACUGCUUCCCCUUUCUGCCAGUAAAACACCCCGGUGUGGAAACGUAUAAAUGUCACAGAAGAUUUGUAUUUUGAUGAGGUCUAUUAAUCUUUAUUUAGCUUUACAUGAACCUAUUUAUUUCUGUAUAUAAACGAUCCUGUAUAGAAUCACAUACUAUCUAGUGCACCACACAGUUGUCAGUAUGGAGAUGAUGCUAUUGUGCACAGACACAAGUGUAUAGUUACUUUUGACAUAAUCAGAUUAAUGCUGUGUUUUUAAAAGUGUGUAUGUUAAAGCCACACAGGUGUUUUCAGUUAAUCCUGACUGUGUGGGCGUGUUUAGACUGUAAUUGAUUGACACUUUCUCCUGUUAGCUUCGUUGCACCUGUUAGGGCGGGACAAAUUACACCUGUAUCAUUUCUUAUUGGUAGAUGGUAGAUUUGUGACCUCAUAAAUCCCCAUCAAAGCUCCUGAGCUGAGGUCUACUCAGCCAGAAUGACUGAAAACGCCUGUGUAGGUGUAUCUUUUUAUCAUUGUGUAAUUUUCAUGUACGUUUUAAACAAUCAGAAAAAAGAAUAUUAUGUUAACUUGUAUAGCUUUCAGUAAGGACUGACCCAUAUGGGUUCAUUCCAGGCAUUACACCCUGUACAAUAGAUCAUCCACUCACUACAUGCAGAGAGAUGAGGCUAAAUAAUGGAUCAAACAAUGACUGUAAGAACUCCCUUGAUAUUUUUUUGUAUUUCUUUAUUUAUUUCAAGACACUUUUUUUAUAUUAUGAUAUAUUUCGGUUUAUGUUCACUUUUAUGAUAAGGGAUUUUUUUCAACAGAUGUUUUCUUGAAUAUUUACUCUCUUUUUUUACCACACACCCUGAUAUGAUUUUGUGAUUUGUCAACCUCUGACAUGAUCAGGUCAGAUAAACAUAUGAGUUCCCUGCUUAGCUAAGAAGAAAAGUGGGUAACACUUAAUUUUACAGGUCUGAAAAAUAUCAUAUUAAUUGCUGAUAAUUAGCAAGUAACCUCUUUGGAAUUACUGCCA